AUGGAGAAGAUGUCGAAACCUCCUCCGCGUGACCGUGAGUACGGCAUCAAGCUCGUGUGCCGCGCCAUCGCUGCAGGUCAGCGAACGGAUUGGAUCUUCAAGAACCUAAUCGCCAAUUCCUCCGAUGUUGACCUCACGGAGGACAUCAAUAGCUACAAACGCCGACGGAUCGACCAGCAAGAUUGGGCCGAAAAUACAGCGGGUUAUGACGAGCCCGGCCUCUAUGGCGCAGUACAUCUCGCCGUGACGAGCAGGGGGGAACUCGCAGUCGAUCCUAUCAUCUCCAAGAUGACACCAACUGCCAAAAGCCUCGCCCUCGUCCACCCUGUGUUCGGUCAUGCGAUCCGCCAUGCCAUUGGGUUCAUUCAAGUGGAUUCAUUACGAGUAUUACUGAAUCACGGCGCCGAUCCGAAUACCAUGAAACCUCCAAGGAGUCCCAUAGUCAGAGUGCAAAACGCCAUGUGCUAUGCGAUGCAAUGUUCCAGUGAAGACGUUGCCAUGGUGCUUCUCACCACACCGUAUUUGAACUGCAGCCGCAAAUACAAGGAGAGCCUAUUGACCCAGGCUGUCCAGAGGGGAUGGAUACGGGUGGUCCGUCUCCUUCUUGAGAAGGACGGCGUCGACCCUAACUUUGACAUUCGGUCCGAACGUCGCAGGAAUAAAACACCGCUUGCAAUAGCUGCUACAUAUGGGUACACAGACAUCGUUUCCUUACUGCUACGGACUCCCGGCGUCAGUCCUGGGCUCAAAACUCUCACCAAUGUGUGCCCGCUGUGGCGUGCUGCCGAGAAUGGCCAUGUCGAAAUCGUCCGCGAACUAUUAGAUCGGUACGGCCAUGAGAUAAACCUUAACUGCAUAAUUCAUGAUGAUGAUAAUUGGGAUGGACCUACGAUUUUGAGCAUAGCAGCCAGCAGAGGACAUCAGCAUGUGGUUCGCGUGUUGCUGGAUUUCCCUGGAGUGGACAAUGAGAAUCCCAGGCUGACUUCUACAAAUAGUCCAAUGUGGACAGCAAUCACCAACGGGCACUUUGAAGUUAUCGACGUGCUUCUCGAGCACGGCGCCAUGAGCGGAUUCGGCAUAAGAACAGUGGCAGAACUUGAAGACAGAGCUCCCGAGAUCCGCAGCUUCAAAGUUCCCACCUUUCUCGCCCAGCAUCUGAUCUCGCUUAGCUGGUAUGGAUAG